GCCUUGGAAGACCGAGUAGUUUUUUGUCCACCCCUAUGUUUAUUUCUUAAUGCAGCGAAGAGUCCAGAAGGAUUUAUGUGCUCAACAGUCUUCAGUUGUCAGGAUCAUCACUACCGCUUUGCUGCUGUCCUGGCGGCCUUUGCUGGUGGUGUCUGGCUUGAUCCCGCCCCUGCCCUUUGUCCUCAGCUCCCAAGCCGUCAGCCUCAUCUUCGAAACCAACUACAUGCCUGCGCAUAAGCGCUUGCUUGCCCUGCUUGCUGUCUGCACGGCUCUCUGACUUCGGCUGCUCACUAACAUCACUCGCCCCCGAUACAAGCGCAUCGUCCAUCUCCACGAUAAAAAACCCUUCGUCAUCGGAGCCCACACAUAGACACGCAAAGCCAGGUGGGGCGGUUUCGUCCAAGUACUGCUGCACUUCGCUCUCGCUCGCAAAGGGUGGAGAGGGCUUGCUCGUGGUGCUAGAGGGCUGCCCGGUCAGUCUGUUGAGCUGCCGUUUGCUGUAUUUGUCAUCACCAGCAAUUGUCUCGCCACGCAGGGCCGCACGGAUGAGCUGACUGAGACUUUGGCCUAGUUGGUCGUCGAUCAGGACCUGAUUGUUGCCACUUGUGUCCGGCUGGGAUGCUUGGAUCGUUAUCUGAACCGCGGGCUGAUCGUCUCUGCGAGCGACAAAGAGGCAGGGCGAGAAGAUGAUGUGGGGACACGCCAAAGCCGACACAAAAUGUCUUCCAACACACUGCAGUUUUGACUGCCUGGUAUCCUGCCUUUGUGUGUGCAGGGUUGCGGUAGGUGCUGUCCUUCACUUACUGGUCUGUGUCUUCUUGACGAUGGCCGUCUAUAAUUGACCGCUCUGUCUCGCCAGUGUCGUCGGGCGAGCCAGCGAUGAUGUCCUCAACGGCCGUCCGAAUGAGCGAGAGCACCUUGCUCACGGCCGGCCGCUCAUCAAAUGAGGCGACAAGCUUGUAGUGUGUGACAUACAGGUCGUCGUACUGCACCCACAAAUUGAACUUGCCUGGGUACUCCCUGAAUGAACACACACGUAUGCAUAAGUUUCUUGCUGAGCACGUUGUGUUGUUCCUCCUGCGCACCGACCUGAGAAGCAUCGCUGUGAUGGCCUCGUCGUCUGAGUGGCUACCUGAGAGAUCUUCCUCCUCCACAAUCACCACGCCCUUCAAUUAACGUGUGCAUCAUGCACCCACACACAUACGCACGGGACAAGAGUAACGGGCAGGUGAUCGGAGGAUUCAUCUUCGCCUUGCUCACUGACGUUGUCUUUGAUGAUCCUCCAUUGCGUGCUUUCCUCUACGUAGCCGCGGGAUCUCCUGCUGGCGAUGUAGUCGCCAAUGUCAUCCUUGCCCACAUAGUACACUCGGAGCAACUCCAUGUCAUACACCGACACGUAACUGUGGUUGGGAUGCAUGCAAGGAAGAGAGAAGAGAUGUACCCUGCUGUUUAUGCUGACUUACUCCUUGAAUGUAUCGGCUUGUGUGGCCAUGGCUGGGUUGAAGACGAUGAUGGUGCGGUUCUCCGCUUGCUGGGUCCAUCGGUGCACCUCGCUCUGAGUGUCGCCGUCCGCCUCCGGUGCCACCAGCACAAUCACACGGUCACUUGGCUCCACCUUCCCGGACCUGCACAUGACACCAAAAUAUGCAUACACUCGACACAUGAGCAGCGGUGAGGGAGGGACGCUGUGUGUCAGUCACCUGAGUGUAUCCAUCGCGACUGCCUGUUCUCUGUCGAGCCCCAUCGACUUUUUGGCCACGGAAAGCUGUGAGAAUGAGUUGAACACCUGAGCAAUGAACAGUGCAGUCACGUGCGUACGUCCCUCCUCUUGUGUCGGAUGGUGGAUGUAAGCUGACCGCCUCACCAGCUUGACACGUUGGCUUUUGUGCUGAUCGAUGUUCUCCACGGCAGCUGCUGUCGGAAGGACUGCGAGCUCAACGAAUUGGCUCAAGACUUCCAUGCUCACUCCAUUGCUGUUGGGCCCUAUCAAUGGCUCUCUUAGGUCCACGCGCAUCCUAAGAGAAAAACCACCCGUGGUUAACCACAUGAGCGUGGCUGUGCUGUGGUCUGCAUGGCUUACCUUGAGGCACCAUGCAACAAUGCCUCAAGCACGCUCGCGCCUGCGUCGUCUCCCGCAUCACCGAUGUCCUCGGGCAGCAUAAUAGUGGCACUUGUGCCGUUGACACCAACGCCCUCAGCCGCGACACGGUUGGGAUGGAGCCGCUCCGGGCCGUCGGUGUCGUCUUCCUCGUCCAUCGACCUGGACCGUUCACGGAAUCUACACAUCACACGAACAAGCAGAGACCACCCAGAGUCGAGGGCUGUGCAUCCAGGUACACAUGGCCGCAUGUACGUUUGUACCUGUGUGUGGCCUUGACGUGGGGUAGAAUAAGGUCAGCUGCCCUUUUGAUUCUUUCCAACAUGUCGGCCCUCGAAUCGUCCCAUUCGUCCUCAUCUUCGUCGUCGUCCUCUUCGUCUUCUGAAGCCACACAGGCAAUUUGGUGUUGAGUGACAGGUAGAUAGGUGUGCAAGCUGAGUGGAACCAGAGGCGAAAGGGGCUCACCAUCGUCCUCUUCCGACAUCUCUUCUUCGACAGCCUCCAGACGGCUGUUCAACCGCUCGAUACUGACACAAAUACCAGUAACACACAUUUAGAGACGCGCUCCCUCUGCCGAGCUCGUGGCUGGUCUGCUGCUUACAGCUCAAGGGCUUCGAUGUUACUGGCCUCGAGCGCCCGGAGCCGCACUUCGAGCGCCCGCAGCCUGGCAUUCUGGGCUGCGAUGCUUUCCGCGUCGCUACCGGCCUUCCUCUCGCUGUCAUCAUCAUCGGAUCUAGCCUCCCCGUCAGAUGCAUCCAUGGCCAACGCCGUCCCAGAGCGAUGCCGGCGCCUCAUGAUUGGCACGUGCGACGAAGGGGAGCGUUGACGCUGCAAAGCACGGGACGGAAUGAAGGCGUAGGCAUAAGCUGACGACACAGACAGGGCUUGUGAUAGAUGCUCCAUUGCCACGACCAGGGAGAGAAACAGCCAGAUCUCGAAAAUCAUCUACACUGCUGAAUCGUCGCUGAAUCGUCGCUGGGGGUUCACGCGCUGGGGAUCGGCUC